AUGUGGGAUACAAGGGCGGUGGAAAAGAUGGAUGAACGUGUGGGGGAAUAUACGGCGUCCACUUCUUUCAAGAAUGUGGAAGAUAGUUAUCGAUGGUCCUUUGUCUGUGUUUAUGGACCCAACUCUAAUAUAGUGAGAAGAGGCAUGUGGGAUGAACUGGCUGGACUUUGUAGCUUAUGGAGUCUUCCUUGGUGUAUUGGGGGAGAUUUUAAUGUCACUCGCUUUCCAAGCGAACAUAUAGGAAGACCUAGCCCUAGCUCAGCAAUGACGGAUUUUGCAAAAUUUAUUUGUGAGCAAGAACUUUUGGACAUUCCUCUAGUGGGUGCCACAUUCACAUGGUCCAGUAAUAGAGAACAUCCAGCUUCGUCAAGACUUGAUAGAUUCCUUAUUUUGCCCGAUUGCGAAGUACACUUUCUGGGCCUAAUCAAAAAACGGCUUCCAAGGCUAUAUUCAGAUCACUUCCCCAUUCUCAUUGAUUGUGGAGGCAUCCAGGGAGGCUUCGUUGAGCGAGUUAGGCAAUGGUGGCCUUCAUAUCUCAUACAAGGCAACCAGAGUUAUGUGCUGGCUUGCACGCUAAAGGCUCUCAAAGUGAACUUGAAAAAGUGGUAUGAACAAAUUUUCAAGAAUGUGGAACACCGAAAAAAGUCCCUCCUCGACGAAUUACAGGGCUUGGAAGACCUGGAGGAGAGGGGGCUUUUAGAAGAAGAAAAGGCUCACAAAAAGCAUCUCAUCUUGGAUAUUGAGGUGGCUCUAAUGGAAGAGACUUCAUGGAAACAAAAAUUGAGGGCUUUACAGUUAAAAGAAGGGGAUAAAUGCACCAAGUUCUUCCAUCACAUGCUAAUUCGCAUAGAAGACAAUAUCAUUGAGUCCCUGUUGGUAGAUGGGAGGAUUACAUUGAAUCCGAUUGAGAUCACGAAUCACAUUACCAAUUACUAUGCACAACUACUUUCGAAGCAAUUUUCUUGGAGGCCAUGUCUAGAUGGUCUUGUUUUUUAG